CAGGCCACCACCUACCGAAGUCCAGACAAACAGACACACAUGUACCAGCCUAAGGAACAAUACUCUAUUCGAUCCCACCCACACCCUGAGUCGACCAACUUGGGAAUACAUGGACAGUCAGCAAUAGCUACAACGAGACCACUCAGCGGUAAGAUAGAGUUUGUUUGGCAGGCAAGCGGGCAGGCACGAGGGAAAGCGCACCGUUGGAACCUUCUUCGCGAUACCGAUACCUCCGCUGGGUGUGAGGGCGGUAUUAAGGUUGCAAGGGGGCGUCGCAUAACGUUCACACAAUCUUCCGCGAACGAACACACGUCGGCGUAGUUAAGCAACAAACAGUGAACUUGCGCGAAUCACCAGUACAGGGCUGUGGCAGCCUCGACCGCUCACUGCCAGCUUCUCCCGCUUAGUAGUCUACCUCCACAUCCUCCAAACGCGGCGGCAGCGAGAUCAAUACAAUGUCGCGAUCACGCCGCCUCCAACGCGCGGAAAGCGUGUCCAGCACAUCCUCCUCCUCGACCUCGCCUGAGCGGGACCCGGACGACGACGACAAUGACUCCUUCAUGCUGCAGGCCAACGACUCGGCUUCUUCCCUCGGCGUCGAGAUGGCUUCGGACGACUCGCACGAUGCCGCCGCGCGUCAGGCGUAUGAAGAGCGAUGUCGUGUGUCGCCCGUCGCAAGGCUGCCGGCGGAGCUGCUCAUCAGCAUCUUCGCACGCCUGAGCGCGAGCAGUGACCUCAUGUCAUGUAUGCUGGUAAGCAAGGAGUGGGCUCGGAAUAGUGUAGGGUUGCUGUGGCACAGGCCGGCGAUGAACAAGUGGGACUGCAUUCAGUCGGUGGUGCGGUCGAUACGGAAGGCGGACAAGUUCUUCGCGUACCAAGACCUGGUGAAGAGGUUGAAUAUGUCGACGUUAGCCUCGCAAGUCAGUGAUGGUUGUCUCAUCGGCAUGGUGGACUGCAAGCGAGUCGAGCGUUUGACCUUGACCAAUUGCAGCAAGUUGACGGACAUCUCCAUCCAACCGCUGGUCGAAGGCAACAGGAGUCUGCUAGCUUUGGACGUGACCGGGCUGGAUCAGCUCACGGACAGGACUAUGAUGACUGUGGCAGAUCAUUGCCUACGCUUGCAAGGACUCAACGUAACUGGUUGCAAAAAGCUCACAGACGCCUCGAUUGCGCAGGUUGCGAAAAGCUGCCGGCACGUCAAGCGGUUGAAGUUCAAUGGGUGCGCACAGCUUACCGACACCGCUCUCAUGACCGUCGCAGCACAUAGUACACAUCUAUUGGAGAUCGAUCUUCACGCGCUGCACAACAUUGAGAGUCCCGCAAUCACUGCCUUGUUGACCUCCUGUCAGCAUCUCAGAGAGGUCAGACUCGCACACUGCAUGCGCAUCAACGACCGCGCAUUCUUAGACAUCCCAAGCAACCCCGACAACCCUACUACUCUUGAGGCACUCCGGAUACUGGAUCUAACAGACUGCAGCGAGCUCGGUGACAAGGGUGUCGAAAGAAUAAUUGAGACGUGCCCGCGGCUGCGCAACCUCAUUCUCGCCAAGUGCCGCCACAUUACCGAUCGCGCUGUGCUCGCCAUCGCGAAGCUUGGCAAGAAUCUGCACUACAUUCACCUCGGCCACUGCCAGCGCAUAACAGACUUCAGCGUGGAGGCGCUUGCGAAGUCAUGCAAUCGCAUCCGCUACAUCGACCUGGCGUGCUGCAGCAACCUCACGGACCACAGUAUCACGAAGUUGGCGGGUUUGCCGAAGCUGAAGCGCAUCGGUCUAGUGAAGUGCGCGGGGAUCACGGAUUUGAGCAUCCAUGCGCUUGCGAUGGGAGAGGUGAGGAACGGCAAACGCACGAAUGGACCCAGUGGGAGCGUGUUGGAGCGUGUGCAUCUGAGCUAUUGCACGCUGCUCACUCUGGACGGCAUCUAUGUCUUGCUCAACAACUGCCCGAAGCUCACACACCUUUCUUUGACCGGUGUGCAAGCCUUCCUGCGCGACGAGUUACUGAUCUUCUGCCGCGAAGCACCGCCGGAGUUUAACGACCAUCAGCGGGAACUAUUCUGCGUCUUCUCCGGCAGCGGCGUGGGCCGGCUGCGCGAAUACCUCAACCAGGAGAAGAACCACGCCUUGAACGCACUCGCGAGCCGAGGCGACAACGAUAGCAUGACACCCAGCAUGGCGGGCGAGGGUGAAGACGUCGACGUCAUCGACGUGUACGGCGGCGACGCAGGCGACGGGAUCGACGGCGAUGGCACGGGCGCGGAUAGCGAUGGUAGUAACACGCCCGUCAUCGCCCUCGACGUGCAUGGUGACCACCGUCCCGGCGCCACGCCCAUCAUGGGCGGUCCGCCUCUCAUGGGCGCCGCGGGAUCAAGCGCAUCUGGCAUGCUCUUCCCCGGCUCGCACUACCCUCCUUGGCCGCCUCUGCACCACCACCACCACCACCAUGAUCAUCACUCCAGCCACGUAUCGCAAGCUUUCGGCGGUCCAUCAUCGUCAGCCUCGGCUGCGCAUCUCAGUCAGAGCGCGCCAGCAUCUACGUCGGGCCUUCACGGCCAUUGGGGGAGUCUGCCGCCGAUGUUUUUCAACUCGCCAGUGGCGGCCCACACGGGUCAGGGUGUUGUGGCGGCCCAGCAUGUUACGAGUAUGAUGGGCGCGACGAUGUUGGAUGAUGUUGAUGAGGGGGAUGAGGCGUUUGGGGAGGGGAGCGAGAUGAUGGGGGAUUAGAGCGAUGCUUCGUUUCGCUGCCGUUUAUACCUGGGUGCAAGCACGGACUUACUUGACUUGCUAGACUCGCUGUGGGCGGGGAGAGUGGUUUGAUGCGAUUCGCGACGAUUUAUCUCGCUUGCGGUGGGAUGCAAACACUGGGCGUUUAUUCCUGUCAUUGCUGGCGACGCGUGAACCUUGCGGCCGGCUAAGAUAUGGUGGGUCACUUGGCGUUUCUUGACAAAGGGAGAUGGGCAGCUCUACGAGCGUUCAGAGCGGUUUAAUGAGUUAUGCUAGCGACGAUAUCCAAUUCAACUCGGU